CCACUACAAAGCAUACUGCAUGUCCCUCAAUCUCCCCUGAAACGAACUCACCGCCACCCCUCAUCCAUCAUGAGCGAUCUUCCAACUUCCCCCCGAGCUCCCGGGCUGAAUAUCAUUGCUCCGCCGAGCCCUGGGCUAACACAAACUCCUCAAAUGUCAGCACCGCCGUCCCCGGUUACACCACGCCAGAAUUUGGCCAGCGGGUCACAACGAGAGUCGGUGGAUUUCUCUACCGAGGAAAGUGGUGGUGGCGGUCUAGGGAAUCUUGCUGAUGAACUCGCGGAUGCUUGGGAACAAGAGGAAGACGGCUAUAGCUACGCAUCCGGUCAGGAUAAUAGCCGUUCUGGUUCCCAACAAUUAGACUUGAGCGAUGUUGAAGAUGCAUAUACUCGCUCUGUCCAGAAUAUGCGCUCCCCGUCACCGCCAGGUGAGAACUCGCCUGCCUCAAGGAACAAGCUCCGAGCAAACCAGCUGCGGCAACAUCGACGGGAAGCAUCUCACUAUGAUGGCUCGGACUAUGGGAAUGAUUCGGACCUUGAUGAGGCCGGCGACCUAUCCCCCGCAUUGGAGGGCCAAAUGGCCGAUAUAGAGAGUCUGGUGCGACGAGGGGUCGAGAACAAUGGUAGCGAGCAUGACCACGUCAUACAAAGGACAAUUGAGGCGCUCCGGGACUUAGGCGGACAAAGUGGAAUCGAAAAUAGCGCCACGCGACUGAUUACCGCCCAUUCCUCGAUUACUUCCCACCUCACUCACCAGACCCGUAUACUCCAGUCACUCAUCCACCCCUUACUCUUUUCCUCAUUCCCGCUCCUCUCCGAAGACGAGAUCGACUCCCUCAUGCCCCUCAUUGACGAGGGUCUCCUACCAAAUAUGCCAUACCCAUUUCCUGAACAGGCUCGUCCCCUCAUUUCUCAAACCUCUGAUAUCACUCAUUCUCUUCGCAGUCUGGGGGACACCCUGUACGAAUCCCGCCAGCUAACAUCUACCGCUUCACGGCGGCUUCGUUCUGCACGUGAACUGGUUGCGGAGCUCCGUCGUGAAGAGGAGAGUCUUGAAGAGGGCUCCCGGUGGAUCGAACGAGGUGAGUGGGACCGUAGACUCAGAGACCGCGAAGCUGGCAAAGAGUGCUCGGAUGUUGUCAGUGGGUUCGAGGCUGUGUGCGGCGAAUGGCGUGAAAAGCUGUUUGGAGCUCAGGCUGAGGUGGCUGCUGCAUAA